AUGAAAUGCAUCUUAGCGAUACCUAUGUUCUUGGCAAAUGCUAAAAUAUUCAAAAAUCGUCUGGUCAUUACUAGUGGAGACCUGUCAAAUUCCUACAGCACCUACGGAAUUCCAGAGAGAGAGAAGCUACCGGUUUUCCAAAGAGGAUCUAAAAUAUAUCAGACUAUACCCCCUCAUACCAAUCAAGGCAUGAAAGUAACGGUAUAUUGCUCAUUCUCUCCCGAAAUCAAUAUUGAGAGGGAGCUCACCAGAAAACUACAAAAUCUAUCAAAAAUGGCACACAUUGAUUCAUACGGCGUAUUAAUGGGGGAAACUGAAUGCCUUAAACGAAUAGAGUUACAUACUUUUCGAAAAUUUAAACCUAAGUCAGUGUCAGCUCUUGUCAACGAACCCCCAUGCAGCUAUAGUAAGAUAAUUAAUCUGGCCCACCGAAAUCAGAUUGGGAUGAAAGGGCCAUAUAGUAACUUGGCUCCAGCUGCAAGUAACAAUGUUCGAGUGGUUAGAAUGGAUAAGCCAAUUCCAGUGAGGGAGGUAAUCCACGAUGGACUAUACCUAGUUGAGACAACCGCAACAUAUCAACUUGCACUUGCUUGGUAUUUCGGAUUUCUACACCUCUUCAGACGCAAUUCAUAUUCUAAUCAAUGGUACCCGCUUACAAAAAUCGGUCUGGAGCGAGAAAAUGGAAAAACUCUCUACGCCAUUAUCAUGAAAAACAUUUUCCCGGGAAUACUCAAUAUUAAGAAAAAUAUUCCGAGUCAGAAAGCUGAGUUGGGCCAAGGCCAAGAUCUCAUGUCAGGUUAUGCGGAAACUGAAGGCAAAAGAAUCACGGAGAUGCCCUCGAAAAGCCUAGUCUGGUUGCAUGCUAAUGGUGAGCUUGGGAUAUAUGGAACAACAAAGAUGGGAAAGAUAAUUUAG